AUGGGAUCCUCGCCGCUACCGGUCAGCCUGCAGAGCAAGUUGCAGAGACCAGUACAGGUCUCAAGACUCAAGAGCUUCAGCAGAACCCUGGACUUAAUCCGGAACGUCGUCUUUCUUCUCUUCGUCCUUCGAUUCACCAGACAGUCGUUCUACUUUCUACGCGGAUAUGGCCCCGUCGGCUCACUUCUAUAUUUCUACCGUGCUCUGCGCAAGCGAGCAUACCAAUUAUUCCUCCGGGCGCCUGGCGUGCGGUCACAGGUCGACAAGCAGAUAGCCGCGACGAAAGCAGACAUCGAGUCUAAGAUCGCCGCUGACAUCCCAGAGACAAGCCGAAACCUGUCUCUCCCUGCCGAGCCAUGGAGUCCCGAACAUCUGCGCUCCGAGUUGGCUACUUUGGCUGCCGCGAAACGCACCCGCUGGGAGGAGGGCAAGGUCUCCGGCGCUGUCUACCAUGGCGGUGAUGAGCUCAUCAAAUGUCUUUCCUGCCGUGCGCAAGAUGGCGCUGAAGUCGUCGCCAUGGUGCUUUCGCUCUUCAACGCACCUCCCGAAGCCGCAGGAGCCACCACUUCUGGCGGGACCGAGUCCAUCCUCAUGGCCGUUCUCUCAGCACGCAAUAAGGCCUACCAUGAGCGUAACGUCACCGAGCCAGAACUGAUCAUCCCAUCAACCGCGCACGCCGCCUUCCAAAAAGCGGCCGAGUACUUCAAGAUCAAACUCCACCUCGCACCCUGUCCAGCACCCGCAUACACAGUCUCAAUCCCUCACGUCCGCCGCCUCAUCAACCCCAAUACCAUCCUCCUAGUCGGCUCAUGCCCGAACUACCCCCACGGCAUCAUCGACCCCAUCGCCCAACUCUCCAAACUCGCCAUCUCCCAUUCCAUCCCCCUCCACGUCGACUGCUGCCUCGGCUCCUUCCUAGUCCCCCUCCUCUCACAAGCCGGCUUUCCCACCUCCCUCUCCGGCCCCCUCGACUUCCGAUCUCCCGGCGUCACCUCCAUCAGCGUCGACACCCACAAGUACGGCUUCGCACCCAAAGGCAACAGCUGCAUCCUCUACCGCAACACCUCAUUACGACGGUACCAAUACUUCAUCUCCCCCUCCUGGUCCGGCGGCGUCUACGGCUCCCCCUCGAUCGCCGGCUCCCGCCCCGGCGCACUCAUCGCGGGCUGCUGGGCCAGCAUGAUGUCCCUCGGCGUGUCCGGGUACGUCUCCGCGACGAACAAGAUCGUUGCGGCGCGACAGACGCUUCAGAACGCGAUCUCCGAACACCCAGACCUAAAAGGCACAUUGAAGGUCAUCGGCGACCCCCUCGUCAGCGUCGUGGCUUUCCUCAGCGUCGACCCCGCAAUCGACAUCUACGAUAUCGCCGACGCAAUGUCGAAACGCGAGUGGCAUUUGAACUCCCUCCAGGAUCCGCCGGGGCUGCACGUCGCGGUGACGCUGCCGAUGGCGACGUCGGAGGGUGCGGUGGAUUCACUGAUUGAGGAUUUGGUCAGUGUGGUGCGGGAAGAGAAGGAGAAGGUGAACGCGAGGGUACGGAAUGGGGAGAAGGUGAAGAAGGGGAGCACGGCGCAGCUGUAUGGUGUCGCGGGGAGUCUGCCGGAUAAGAGUGUGGUGGAGAGGGUGGUUGUUGCGUAUUUGGAUACGUUGUAUAAGGCUUGA